AGGCCACAAUCUUCAAUAAACAUAUUCCUCAGUUCUGUGGUGUUCUUGGUCACACAUUUAUGGAGUUUCUGAAGGGCAGUGGAGACUACUGCCAGGCACAGCACGACCUCUAUGCAGACAAGUGAACUGUAGAGAUUCGUUACUACUCCACCAAGAAGCCCCCAUAAAAGUGGUUAACCUGGACACAGAAGUGUUGGAUUGAAAUCCACAGAGCAUUUUUCAGGAGUUCUGACCUGGAUGGGGUAAACCUCAGUGCACUUCCUUUCUAUUGCCUCAGUAUUACCGGAUUGAAGAAUUGCUGCUUCUUGUUAGGAGGUUCAUUUCAUUUCCCAUUACUCCCAACUUCAUACUUAAAGCACUGAGAAUCACAAGUGGAAGAUAGUGAAGUAGACUUCAGUUUCUUUGUGUAAUUUCUGUAUUCAGUUUUUUAAAAUUCUUUCAUAAUCCUAUAAAGUGUUUUUUAAGUAAAUUAACAUGGCCCGAAUGAACCGCCCAGCUCCUGUGGAAGUCACGUACAAGAACAUGAGAUUUCUUAUUACACAUAAUCCAACCAAUGCAACAUUAAACAAAUUUAUUGAGGAACUUAAGAAAUAUGGAGUUACCACGAUAGUAAGAGUAUGUGAAGCAACUUAUGACACUACUCUUGUGGAGAAAGAAGGCAUCCAUGUUCUUGAUUGGCCUUUUGAUGAUGGUGCACCACCGUCCAACCAGAUUGUUGACGACUGGUUAAGUCUUGUAAAAAUUAAGUUUCGUGAAGAACCUGGUUGUUGUAUUGCUGUUCACUGUGUUGCAGGCCUUGGGAGAGCUCCAGUGCUUGUCGCCCUAGCAUUAAUUGAAGGUGGAAUGAAAUAUGAAGAUGCAGUACAGUUCAUAAGACAAAAGCGCCAUGGAGCUUUUAACAGCAAACAACUUUUGUAUUUGGAAAAAUAUUGUCCUAAGAUGUGGCUGCGCUUCAAAGACUCCAAUGGUCAUAGAAACAACUGUUGCAUUCAAUAAAACUGGGGUGCCUAA